AUAGUAAAUUUAUUUAUUGCUCUUGCAAGUUUGAGCAUAACGUUACCGCGAAAACGUAUUAUUUUCUCACCAAAUAUUUCAGUCAAGGUGAGUGGUUACGUGCUUUAUAAAUUCACGUGCAUUUUGGUAGUGCUUUUUUCCCGCGCUUCACCAAUGCCCUGAUUAUUAUUGAGACAUACGUUAUGGACUUUCGGAGCAUAUCAAGUUUUGUUAACUCGCCGGGAUCUGAUAGUUUGCAGACGAACCCUUCCUCACCGCUGGAUCAAUUCCGUUCUACUACUGGAUCGGGGCCAGUGAAGAUACAGACCAAACCUAUUUGUGAGGGAUGCCGUAAAGUGAUACAUGACCGCUGGCUGCUUCGGGUUGGAGACUCGAUGUACCACAUGUCGUGCCUGCGAUGCUGCUUAUGUCUUCGUACGCUGGACAGCCAUACCUCUUGCUUUGUCAGAGACGAACAAGUCUAUUGCAAAUAUCACUACCAAAGCCGAUUUUGUCCAAAAUGUGUUGGUUGUAACGAGCCAUUGCUGCCAUCUGAUUGGGUACGGACAGCGCGUGACUUUAUUUACCAUUUGGAUUGCUUCUGCUGUCAUGUAUGCAAACGGAAGCUAACCACUGGAGACGCAUGCGCAGUUAGACCGGAAGGUGUUAUGUGCUUAGAUCACUGUGAUGGACCAUCUACGCCAGACGACGAUAAUAUAUCAGUAUCUUCUGUUGACUCGGACUAUCGUGGUUCAGAAACGGAUGAGAGGGGCUUAAGUGGUAAGAGACCGAGAACAACUUUUACACAAGUUCAAACCAAACUUCUACAAGACAAUUUCAGACGAAAUCCAAACCCUUCUCCAGAAGAAAUGGAAAGAAUAGCAGAUAUGACUGGACAUCCAAGAAAAACAGUGAUGAUAUGGUUUCAGAACGCACGUGCAAGGAAUAAAAAGCUUUUAUUGAGCGGCAGCAUUACAUCUGCAAAUCAGUCAAAGAAAGCUGGUACCUGCCACUGGAUUGCUAACCCUUGUUCACCGGGAACCAUUCCAUUUUCAGAAUAGGAAAGACUGGUUCAGUGAUAUGUCUCAGGAUCAUUAAUUUUGCUACUGCGUACGACAGACUGUAAAACAUCAGUGAACCAAACAAAUUCAAUAAGAGUGCUUUUCAUUUAU